AUGAAGGAGACAGUCACGCAUAACGCGCCGAAGGUCAUCAAGCAGUUGCAGUUCGGCACGCUGAACGCUCAAAAUGUUGUAAAACUAUCAGAAUUUCAGGUCACACAUAGAGACCUGUAUACACCCACGGAUAGGCAACCUGUGAAAGACGGUGUUCUGGAUCGACGACUGGGGACAUCAGAGAAAAAUGCGUUCUGCGAGACGUGUGGCCUCAAAUCUGUUGACUGUGUAGGGCAUUAUGCCUACAUCAAACUUGUUGUACCCGUGUUCCACAUCGGGUACUUCAAGCAUACCAUCGGUAUCCUGCAGUGUAUAUGCAAGACGUGUGCUCGAGUCCUUCUAGAAGAGCCCGACCGGCGUGUCUAUCUCAAGCGGUUUCGUCGCCCAAACCUCGAGAAUGUACAUCGACAGGCCCUCAACAAAGCUGUCAACACUUCCGCACGCAAAGUAGUGUAUUGCCCCUACUGCUCUGCAACAAACGGUGCUGUCAAGAAAGUCGGCGCGAUGAAAAUCAUCCAUGACAAAUUCCGUGCAAAGAAGACGGCAGAAGAGAUGGAGAAGUGGAAAAAAACAUUUAUUCCAGCAGUUGAAGCACAAAAAGAGCUGGGAAUGUAUAUUAACAAGGCGGUGCACGAGGACUUGAACCCUUUGAAGGUGCUAGAUUUGUUCAAGAGGAUUUCGGACGAGGAUUGCGAGUUGCUUGGGCUGCGGCCUGCAUAUAAUCGACCAGAGGAGUUCGUUUGGCAGUACAUUUCUGUUCCGCCAGUUUGCAUUCGACCGUCCGUCGCCCAGGAUGGCGCGUCUAACGAGGACGACUUAACAGUGAAACUGACGGAGAUCGUGUUCACUAAUGCACUGAUAAAACAGGGUCUAGCAAAAGGCGCUCCGACUCCACAACUGAUGGAACAAUGGGAAUUCCUUCAACUGUCCGUCGCGAUGUACAUCAACUCAGAAUUACCAGGCGUACCCUCGCAAAUGGGCCAAAAGCCGAUUCGUGGAUUCUGCCAACGCCUGAAAGGCAAACAGGGCCGCUUCCGUGGUAAUCUGUCAGGGAAACGUGUCGACUUUUCUGGCCGCACAGUUAUUUCUCCAGAUCCCAACCUGCGAAUUGACGAAGUCGCUGUGCCGGAGCGGGUCGCAAAAAUUCUGACUUAUCCCGAGCGCGUUACGACGUUUAACAUCGAGAAACUCAAGAAGGCAGUUCGGAACGGGUGCGAUGUACAUCCCGGUGCAAAUUACGUUACAGCUGGAAGCAGCGGGUUCAAGAAAUAUUUGAAGUUUGGAAACCGAGCACAGAUCGCUGAUGGAUUGAGGUUUGGAGACGUGGUUGAGAGGCAUAUCAUCGAUGGUGAUAUUGUUCUGUUCAAUCGGCAACCUAGUUUGCAUAAGUUGUCUAUCAUGUGUCAUCGAGUCAAGGUUAGACCAUGGCGCUCUUUUCGGUUAAAUGAGUGUGUUUGUGGCCCAUAUAACGCAGACUUUGACGGUGAUGAGAUGAACUUGCAUGUCCCACAGACCGAAGAAGCUCGUACUGAAGCCUUGGAACUCAUGAGUGUGAAACACAACAUGGUCACUCCCCGCAAUGGAGAACCAGUCAUCGCUGCCAUUCAAGACUUCAUUACCGCUGCGUGGCUCAUCUCGCACCGCAAUCAAUUCUUUGACCGCCGGCAGUUCACGCAGAUAUGCUGCUACUUUGCGGAUGCCAACCUCCAGAUUGACAUUCCACCACCAACGAUCUGGAAACCAACGCGCCUUUGGACUGGUAAACAGGUCUUCAAUGUGCUAAUGCGACCGAACAAACAAUCAAACGUUUUCGUCAACGUCGAAUCGAAGUGCAACAAGGAACAAAAACCUAAUCAAUCCCUCUAUCCAAUGAAGGAGGUAGCGCCGGAUAUGUCUCCCAACGACGGUUGGCUAGUCAUUGUGAACAGCGAGAUCAUGUGUGGUGUCAUGGACAAGGCAACUAUUGGGAGCGGCAAAAAGAAGUCGGUAUUUGGCGUUAUUAUGAGAGAUUAUGGACCGCACGAAGCGGCGGCAGCCAUGAAUCGGGUGGCAAAGCUCUGUGCAAGAUGGCUUGCAAAUUUCGGCUUCUCCUUAGGUAUCAAUGAUGUCAUUCCGGGCCCAAUCUUGUUUGCGAAGAAGGACAAGCUUGUUGAACAGGCGUACGAGAAAUGUCAAGAUCUCAUUGCGCUAGCGAAGAAGGGUAAGCUAGAGAACAAGGCUGGAUGCGAUCAAGAACAAACAUUGGAAGCUAUGAUAUCUUCUGUGCUAUCGAAAGUUCGUGACGAGGUCGGUGAAAUCUGUAUGAAGGAGCUGAGCCGGCACAACGCACCUCUUAUCAUGGCCACGUGCGGAUCCAAGGGUUCCGUCAUCAACGUCUCGCAGAUGGUUGCUUGUGUGGGACAGCAAAUUAUCGCCGGGCAUCGUGUUCCCGAUGGCUUCCAGGACCGUUCCCUGCCUCACUUUCCCAAAAAAUCGAGGGAGCCACCGUCAAAAGGAUUCGUUCGGAACAGCUUUUACUCAGGAUUAACGCCCACUGAGUUUCUGUUCCACGCUAUUUCUGGUCGUGAAGGUCUAGUCGACACUGCAGUCAAGACUGCAGAGACCGGUUAUAUGCAACGGCGAUUGAUGAAGGCUCUAGAAGACUUGACGACGCAGUAUGAUCUGUCCGUCCGAAACGGAACUGGUGGUGUUGUACAAUUCACAUAUGGAGAUGAUGGGCUUGAUCCCGCCUGCUUGGAGGGUGAUGCUCAGCCUGUUGAAUUUGUUAGGGCCUGGAAGCAUGCAGCUUCCAUCGGUUCUCGUUCAUCGCAUGGUCUCCUCCCCUACGAAAUCUUGGAGAUUGUCAAUCGGGAGCUAUCGCAGCCAAGGUUUGUCAGCGAGUGUACAGCUGCUUAUAUUUCGACUGUUCGUGGAUUCAUACAAGAACACGUCGCCAAGCGUCUGGCUGAGGUUCGCGAGAGCCGCGGCAUGUUUGAUGCUCUGGAACGUGAUGACGAGUGGGAUGCUGAUACUGAUCUGUCCAUGGGUGCAUCCGCGGCGGAUAAGGCUAUCGUCGAUAACAAAGCGAAGGUUACGGAGGACCAACUAUUGGCAUUUUUAAAUAUUUGCUGGACAAAAUACGUCAAGGCCAAGAUCGAGCCAGGUUCCACGGUCGGAGCCGUUGGAGCACAGUCCAUUGGUGAACCGGGAACCCAGAUGACGCUUAAAACUUUCCAUUUUGCGGGUGUCGCAUCCAUGAACGUCACACUUGGUGUUCCCCGCAUAAAAGAAAUCAUAAAUGCAGCCAAAGUCAUCAGCACUCCUAUCAUCAGUUGUAAGCUAGUGACAGCAGACUCCGAACCUUCAGCACGAAUCGUGAAGGGCCGGCUGGAGAAAACGCAUUUAGGUGAUAUUGCCUCUGUCCUUGAAGAAGCAUGGGCUCCAGAGUACACAUAUAUCGGUGUCAUAAUCGAUAUGACGAGUAUCCAAAAGUUGCAGCUUGAGCUCACCCUCGACGAUAUCAAAUGGGCCAUCGUGGCUGCGAAGAGGCUCAAGAUCAAGCAGGAAUCUAUCACAAUCAUUCCCCGGAAGAAUCGAUUGCGCAUCUAUGUAGACGGUCAAGACAAGUAUUAUCGCCUGCGGGAGUUGAAGAGGGUGCUCCCUGAUGUCGUAGUGAAGGGCGUUCCAACCAUCGCACGUGCAGUAAUCAAUGUCAAGGAAAAAGACGACGCUCGAGGGAAGAAAGGCGACAAGGAGUUGCUUGUGGAAGGAUAUGGCUUGCAGAAGGCCAUGGUGACAGAAGGUAUUAUUGGGGAGCAGACGUCGUCAAACCACGUCAUUGAGGUCGCUCAAGUCCUGGGUAUCGAAGCGGCUAGAAGAACGAUCAUCAACGAGAUUCAGUAUACGAUGGAGAGCCAUUCCAUGAGUAUUGACCCUCGACAUGUCAUGCUACUUGGAGAUGUCAUGUCUUACAAGGGAGAAGUUCUGGGCAUAACUCGUUUCGGCGUUGCGAAGAUGAAGGACAGCGUUCUCAUGCUGGCUUCGUUCGAAAAGACGACAGAUCAUCUGUUUGAUGCGUCGGCAUAUGGCAAGACUGAUAGCAUUGCCGGCGUGUCAGAGAGUAUUAUCAUGGGUAAUCCUGCUGCUAAUUGUGGCACAUCAAUGCCCGCGUUGUACUCGCCAGCACCUACGAUCAGCAAACCACGGAAAUUGUUAUUUGAAGACGCGCUGUAAGGGGAAAAUGAUUCUUUUGUGUAUGACUUUUCUAUUGUUUUAUUUUAUGUUGUUCUCGAUCAGCGCCGUGAGCUAGCUAUGUAUUAUUGUAAGCUGUU